AUGAAUAAUAUUAAUCCUUCACAAAAUAAUCUUGGUGAUAAUAAUAUUGGAUUUAAUAAUUAUCCCGCUAAUUUACCACAAACUGCUUCAACAAAUAUUGACUACAAUGAUGCUACUUACAAUAAUAAUACCGCGAUGAACAACAACGAUAAUAAUUUUUCCGCACGUAUUCCUGAUUCUAAUUAUCAGCCCUAUAAUGCUUCAAACAACAACAACACUACUAUUCCUCCCUCGCAAUCCACAUCCAAUCCUAUUUUUAACAAUAGCGGUAAUAUUCCUCAUCAACAAUACGCCACUUCGAGCAAUACUCCACAUCAUAAUUAUCAACAACCCUCGUCCACAUCAAAUCCUCAGUCUAAUGUUUUACCUUUGUUUAAUUCACUUGGCAUUAAUAUUAAUUCUUUUCAGGCAAAUCUUAUUAUUAUUAUGCCAGUAGAUAAUUCAAAUAUUCAAGAUCGUCUUCAACAAAUUUUGAAUCAUUCUUCAUCAACAAAUAAUUCACGAACUUGA